CCUUGUUGUCUCGUCCGUUUCACAAGCUCAAGCUCGUUCUUUUGCCAGAAAUCGACAUGGCUGAGCCAUCGGUGCCCUCCACCGUCGAGCAGUCGCUGGCAGGUUUGAGCAUGAAUGACAAGACUACCACAAGGGUGGAUGAGGAGCCGGCCCGGACGCAGAACGCAGAGAUUGCCUCAGCCGGAACCGCAAACGAGCAACCGACCUUUGUCGAUGUGGGAAUUGCCGCCCGAGACCUCCUGCCUGGCCGCUCCAAGCAUGUGCAAGUGCAGGAUCGACAGGUGGCCAUCUUCCGAACACAUGCCGGAGCGCUGCAUGCGCUGGAUCAUCUGUGCUACCACAUGGGCAGUCCACUUGCAAGUGGGGAUAUUGAGGACAUUGGUGGACAUGCUUGCGUCAUUUGCCCUUGGCACAAGUACGUCAUUGCGCUGGACACUGGGGAAGGCUUUUACAAGAAGAUUGACCCGUACGCGGCCAAAGGUUCGCCGCCAGAGCUGUGCUCGAAAGGCGUGCGCCAGCGCGUUCACCACGUUCGCGUCGGCAAGGGCGACAAGCUCGAGGUGGCUCUGUCCAUAUCCAAGGAGCCGUUGGCAUCCGAUCACUACCACCAGGCGUUUGCCCAGGGCAUGGAACGUAUGAAGCAGGCUGGGCUGUCCGUCUCCAGCGGCGUUGUUGUUGCCGGUGGACUUCCAGGCGGCAGCCGUGCUGGUAGCUAAUGCGUUUCUCCCAUUUGUCCACAUGGCGAUGGACAGUGAUUGAUGAAUCGAUUGAUUUUUUUGGUUUGUGUGGCGCAAAGGCGUUCUCGUCUUUUCCACUUUCUUUCUUUUUUUUUUCGAAUCGGUUGCAUUCUGUUGCUGAUCGUACUAUUAUGUAUUGAUUUUCUUUUCUCUUGUAAAAUAUAACUGCAUUCCAU